UCGUUGCCAUUUAUCGUCUCUACCCGCCGCCCGUCGAUCAGUGGUCCUUCCCGGUCGGUAACGGGAUGCUGCUGAUGUCACAGCACCAACCGAGCGGAGAACAGCAACCGGAAUGAUGGCGAAUACAGGACCAAUUCAAACAAAGUCCGUUCAAUAACGACGUUAACUGACAAACCGAACUCUUAAGAUGGAAGGAAACGUCUUCCCCGACCAAGAACAGCUUCUAGGGUUCCUGAAAAAGCUCAAGGAGGUUUUCGACGUGUGUGAUGAGGAUGCUGAUGGUUAUAUUCGGGUCCAACAUUUUGUGGAUUUGGGGCUUCAGUUCGGGCAGGGGGACAGAGAUGAGGUGAAGAAGUUGACUAAGUACCUGGAUCCCAACUCUCACGGCAGGAUCAACUUCAAAGACUUCUGCUAUGGGGUGUUCGCCAUCAAGG